CCAAAACCAUAGAUGCGAGAAACGUCCCGAGUGUUAGAUGGCGCUCUCUUACCAGCCAGCAUCCGUCUGGACCACACGACUCACGGCUCGCAUAUCCCGCCUGCGUCUGUCCCCUGUUCCUCACUGUCCCUAGUGCCGAAUUGUCCCAUAGUGCCCACGCCUCCAUGCCCAUCGUGUUGCGCCACCCACUCACCUCCUACUUGCUAGACGUACUCUAAGCCCGGUGGCGCCGACUUAACUACGAUAGCGUCUGCGUUUGUAUUACCCUAACAAGCAGCGGCGUAAACUGCUAUAGCGGUGCCGCUCGUUAACCCCCUAACAGCAAUAAAGAAGUCACCUCGCUUGCGCCUCCCUCAGGGCCUGCACGCCUGCCGCCACCUCAUUGCGUCCGCAAGGCUCACACACCCACUGCCCUGAAGGAAUAAGAAACAUCCUUUAGUGGUGGGGAAAAUAAGGGUCUGGAACACUGAGGUAUGCAAAGGAAGGAACAGUGACUGGAAAAGUUAUUUAAAUGGUUCAAAGAAGGUCAUUUUGAAGAGGUCAGCAGAAGGUCACCAGAAUGCCGUACAAGCUGGUGGGCAGGACAACGCUCUUCAGAGGGAAGAGGUUAUGGGAGAUCAUUGGUCACCUCAAGAACUUUGGGGAGGGGCGCAUGGUGGUGAGGAGCACGUUUGAGAAGUACCCGGAGCCCACCUUCUACAGGAUAGUGCUGGCCCGGCCCGAGAUGGACACCGGCCGUCCACACAUGGAUGAAGACAACAUGAAGGGGGAGGUACUGGUGGAGAAGGUGUUCCGUGGAAUGCACUAUGGGGUGAUCAACAUGUCCAAGGUGGCGUACAAGCCGGACUUCAGGCUGGUCCACAGACACGAGGAGGCGCGGUACAUCGAGGCCUUCAGGAACCACAAGCCAGCUGACGUAGAUAUCGUGUCCCCUGUGAUGGACAUGCCGCCUUUUCUGAAGAUGGUGGCUGAGAGGGAUGGACAUGCGGCGAGGGAGCUCAAGUUGAAGAUUGGCUCCAAGAUCAAGGGGUGCCGGGUGGCCGAGGAGGGUGAGGUGCCCACCAAGAAGUUUGCAUCUGGUCUGGGGACGCCGGCAAGUCCUGAACUGUACGAAGGAGUGAUUUGAGGCAUCUUGUUGAAUAUUCCUAGUCUCUGUGUUUGUAUAUAAUGUUUUUUGUACUAUCUUAAUGCUGUAGAGAAAAGGAUUGAUAAAGAGUUGUGUGUA